AUGACACAACAGCAGCAUGGCUCGUCAACUACGACACAGGAGCAUCGUCCCAAAGUUGUUGGCAAGAAACUAGCCGAGACAGCCGUCCAAUUCACACAACAAGCUGAGAAGCUCUCACAUCAACACCCAACGGGCCACGACCCCGGAGUAGCCAUCGAAGCACAAUUUGUCACGCCUCAUGACCCUGUUAUCAUCACUUCAGAUGGGAAACGACUCCCGGGGGUGCCAUUGCAGGAGGCGCAUAAGCUCAAUGUCCUGAGGGAAGAGCUUCAAGGCGAGCCUGAGAGUGUCGAAAUCAAAGCAGGAGACGAAACCAAAGAGAAGAUAUCCAAUGUCGAGAACGCAAACCCUGAGCAAAAAAAGGUCGUUCAGUUGCCCUCAGAACAGAAUGGCGCAUCUCUACAAAAGUCUAAUAGCAACAGCACAUUGCGAAAACAGACACCCCCUUCUCAUACCAAUCCUCUCUUCCCUCCACUGCCGCUAUACGGGCCACCAAAUAUGCUACGCAAUCUUCAAUGCAUGUUCUUUCGAAUCAGCGCAUUCUUUCUCAGCCUGGCAUUUCUCGGAGUCAUCGUCUUGGGCUCAUUGUUUACGACGAUACCCGUGAUCUGGAAGAACAUCUGGUACAGGCUGACUUUUUGCGAUCCUGAUUCUGACAGGCCGUUCUAUGAAGAGGAAAAGCGCAGAGCUCAAGCAAGACGCGAGCAAGAAAAGGCUUGGAAGCAAAAGUCUUCAAACGGACGAACGCUAGACAGGAUGGAAAAUGCUGAGGGAUUCCCACCAACAGAAGGCGGACCAGACCCAAUCAUCUGUGACGUCGCAUAUUAUGCGCGCAGAGUUGGUCUAGACGUUGAGACAUUUGAGGUUCAGACCGAAGAUGGUUUUAUAAUCGACUUAUGGCAUGUUUACGACCCCAAGGAGUAUACCGAACUCGAAGAAAGCCUGAGGUCUGAUCAGGGGCCAGAGGUUUUCCAACCCCAGAGGAAGAAGCUCAAAGACCCAUCGCAGAAGCCAAAGUUCCCCGUGCUGCUCAUGCAUGGCCUACUACAAAGCUCGGGUGCUUAUUGCUGUAAUGAUGACGACUCUCUCGCUUUCUGGCUGUGCAAGUCCGGCUAUGACGUGUGGCUUGGCAACAACCGUUGUGGAUUCGAGCCCAAGCAUGCACUGCUUGAGUACAACGACCCGAGGAUGUGGUGCUGGAAUAUUAGGCAGAUGGGUGUUUUCGAUCUUCCCGCGUUGACGUCGCGAGUCAUCACAGAGACGGGUUUCGAAAAGAUUGGACUUAUCUGCCACUCCCAAGGUACAACUCAAACCUUUGUCGCCUUGGCCAAAGAACAGCGACCUGAGCUGGGCGAGAAGCUGACCGUAUUCUGUGCCCUCGCCCCAGCCGCAUAUGCUGGGCCGUUAAUCGGUAAGAUGUACUUCAAGUUCAUGCGAAUCAUUUCGCCAGGUCUAUUUCGUCUCAUGUUUGGCAUCCAUGCAUUUAUCCCUUUCAUGAUGCAGAUGCACAAACUGUUGGAUCCCCGUCUAUAUGGCUGGCUUGGUUACAAAGUCUUCUCGUUUCUGUUUGACUGGACUGACGCCCGUUGGGAUCGUGGCCUUCGCAAUCGCAUGUUCCAGUUUGCGCCUGUUUACGUCAGCGCCGAGUCUAUGCGAUGGUGGCUUGGCCGAGAGUGCUUUGCCAAGCACAAAUGUAUCUUGUCUACGAAAGAGAUUGUUAGAGCUGAGGAGCACAUGGAUUCCAAGGGAGAUGGACGACCUGUGACACCAAGGACCUCGUCAGCGCUCGAAGCUCAUCGGAAACACCCCAAAGGCUCUACCGCGUGGUAUAACAAACAAGCGCCACCUAUGGCUAUGUGGGUUUGUGGUAACGACGAUCUUGUUGACGGAAGGAAACUGCUCCGGCGGUUCGAAAAGGGCCGUGAGCCUCAUGUCAACCUGGUCCACAGCAAGGUGAUCCCUGAAUACGAACAUCUAGAUGUCAUCUGGGCGAUGGAUGCGGUCGAUCAGGUCUUCAAAGAAGUACGUGAGGUUCUAUGGAAAACAUGCAAUGCACGCAAUAUUUGCCGCGUCCCUGAAGGCUGUGAGGCGGUGCUACCAGAAAAGGCGAAGCUGUCUGUCAAAGAAGAUAUGGUGGAGGAGUGCCAAUCGAGUAGUAGUGGCGAGACUUAG